AGAAGCCAACAGCUUCCAUCGAGUCGCGAAGUCGUCACCUCCUCUACCUCCUCUUCUACCUCCCCCUCUACCUCCUCCUCUACCUCCUCCUCUACCUCCUCCACCUCCUCAAUUGCCUCGCGACAUCAACGACCCUCCCACAGCAGCAGCGGAAUCAGCAACAACGACGUCAAUUCCCGCCACUGAGGCCUACACCGCCAUGCAGCCUGCGGCCUCUGCCCAAGCCGCGUCGCAUUCUGCGGGGGAGAUUCAGGCGAGGGUCGGUGGCUGCGGCGAGGAGGAGGAGGAGGAGGAUGAAGCGAUGCAGUUGCUGACCAUCGUAACCGGCGAUCUCAUCUCCGGCUACGUGGCUCACCUGACGCAGCAGACGGAGCAGCAGCAGCAGCCUCUGCUGCAGCAGGGGCUGCAGCAGCAGCUGCAGCAGCAGCUUCAGCAGUUGCAGGAGCAGCUCCCGGCGGUGCAGCAACAUCUCCUGCUGUCGCAGCAGCAGCAGCAGCAGUGGAUGGAGAAGCUCUGGCAGCAGCAAUUCCAGCACAUGCAGCAGGUGCAGGAGCAGCUCCAGCAGGUGCAGCGGCAACAGGAGCUUGUGCAGCAGCUGCAGCAGCAGGAGCAGCUCCUGGAUGUGCAGCAGCAGCAGCAGCUGCUGCAGGAGCUGCAGAAGAAGUAUCAGCUCCAGGAGGUGCAGCUGAUGCGUCGGUUCAAGCAGCUGCACCAAAUGCAGCAGGAGCAUUUCCAGCAGUUGCAGCAGUUCAAGGAGUGGCAGGAGCUGCAGCGGCAGGCGCGGCAAAUACAGCGGCAGCUCCGGGAGGUGCGCUCGCUGCUCCAGACCUCCCGGCGGCUGGUGCGGAUGCGUGUGGAGCUUCUGCAGGAGGCGCUCGACACCCGAGGAGACGCGUUGCUGGCAGAGUUCGAAGCCUCCAUCCCAGACUUUGUGAGGCGCGCGGAGGAGCUGGCGAAGCAAGUGGACCCGCGCCGGCUGGUCGUGACCCUGGCCUGGCAGGUUCUCACCGCGGGGCCCAUGAGCUGGGGCUGCGUGCUGUCCAUGGUGGUGUUUUGCGCGCUGCUCGUCAAGAACCUGAGGGCCUCCGGUCGUCUGGGCGACUCGGAGGAGACUUGGCCCUUGACGGACGCGGUGGCCGCUGUGCUGUUGACCACAUGCAAGACCUGGCUCAUGGAACAGGGAGGCUGGUUGGCGUCCACCGCCCGACACGUCCGGCUCGGAGCUGGCGCCUUCCCCGCCGGCGCCCCGGCGCCGCCCCGGCAAGCGGAAGCGCUGCCGCACGAGCUCCACGCCCUCGCGCAGCCGGUGCCCCUUGGGCGACGACGACCGAGCUGCGUUCCUCGGGUGCCGUCGGUGGUCGGAGGAGGCGCUGUCGCCGUCGUCACCGUGGCCGCCCCGCAGGUCCGCCGACUUGUGCAGGGAGCCGGCCCAGCUGCCGUGGCCGAGCUUGCAGAUGCGCGCCUCCCGCUGCUGGUACCGGGGCCCGCCCAGCUCGCCCGGCCGCCAGCCCAGGGCGCCGGCCGUUGGCUCGGCCGCCGCGCUCCACCGGCCGGCGCCGCGCUGCGGGCGCAGGUCCGUGGAGACGGAGGUCAGGGCGCGGCGCCGGAACUCGUGCUCCCCGUUGGUGGACUGCUGCUGCUGCUGCUGCAGGUUUGGCGAUUUCCCGCGACGAUCGCCGGCGCCAGGAUGGACGUGGGGGCCAGACGCUCUCCACCGCCGCUCGGCAUCGUCACCGCCGUCAUGGCCGUCGUCGUCAUCGUCGUCGUGGUGGCGGCGCGAGGUGUCAUAGUGAGCGAUGGACGCGGGCCGCACCAGCGCGGGCAGCGCACCGCCGCCGCCGCCCACCGCCGAGCCCACCGCGCCGCCCGCCCCGCCGCCGACACCGUACGCCGUGGCCGCCGGGACGGGCACUGCUGGUUCAUACCGCACGCUCAGGUUGGCGCGGGCAGCCUCCGCCUUCCUCUCGCGCCUCUGCAGCAGCGCGAUGUAGGCGGUCGCCUUGUCGGCGCCGAGUGGCGCCGCUACGGUCGCGGUCACCUCGUCGUCCGCGCCGGCGUCGUCGUGGCGACGGUGGCGGCGGGCGCCAUCGCUCAUCGGAGGAGGUUUUCCGUCGGGCGACGCGGCGGCGUCGCGGUCGUCGCCGGCGCCUCGCCGGUGCAGGAAUGCGGAGCUCUGCAUGGCGACGGCGUGCAGCGGGCUCGGGUAGCGGUACACCUCGGAGCUGUCCCGCGAGCGCAGGUCGCAGUGGAAAUGCGGGUCGGGGUCACGACCCGGGGCGGAGGUCACGGGGUCGGCGAGCCCGACCGGGGACGUCCGCGCGUCUGAGCCGCCGCCGAGGUCGUCUGCGGAACGAGAGGAAGGAAGAUGAGAUGCGGAACGCGGACGAGGUGGAGCCGCGCCGGUUGUCUGUGCGGUGGUGGUGGC